GCGAGAUGUCAUAUUUUAUUGAUUUGAAACAUGGCGUCGGAAGGAGAAGCGGGCAGUGCUUCUGUUGUUGAACCAGAGACCGGGGACGGUGAUGCUGGAUUUGGGGACUUGGCAGGCAACCUGGAGACUGAGUCAUCGAAUGGCAAAGAGGCCAUGGAUCCAGGUAGUGAGGGUUUGGAGGCAGCUGACACCCAGACAGGUUCUGGUGACGAGGAGAGCGGCAGGCACCAGGGAGAGGUGGAGCUGCAGUGUGCUCUCUGUAUGAAGUGGUUCACCGCCGACACCUUCAGCAUCGACACUGCGACGUGUCUGCCUUUCAUGACCAACUAUGUUUUCCAUUGUAACGUGUGUCAUCACAGCGGCAACACCUACUUCCUCCGGAAACAAGCCAACCUGAAGGAGAUGUGUCUGACUGCUCUGGCUAACCUCACAUGGAGCUCCAGGACUCAGGAGGAACACCCCAAGACUAUGUUCUCCAAAGACAAGGACAUCAUCCCGUUCAUUGAUAAGUACUGGGAGUGUAUGACCACCCGACAGAGACCUGGAAAACUUACAUGGCCCAACAACCUAGUCAAGACCAUGAGUAAAGAGCGGGAUGUGUUCCUGGUGAAGGAGCACCCAGACCCAGGCAGUAAGGACCCAGAAGAGGACUACCCCAAGUUUGGCCUGCUGGACCAGGACCUGGGCAACAUUGGACCGUCUUACGACAACCAGAAACAGACCACCGCUGCUCCCACUCCUGGAGGGCUCAACGGUGGACCUUCUUUCUCAGGUGGUCUGGCCCCUGGCCCAGGUAAAGGUAGAGGAGCCAAGCGUAAGCAGCAGCAGCAGCAACAGGAGGGAGCCACAGCUGGAGCAGCUAAGAGAACACGCAGUGACCCUCUGUUCUCGGCCCAGCGUCUUCCUCCCCAUGGCUACCCUCUGGAGCACCCCUUCAACAAAGAUGGCUACCGCUACAUCCUAGCAGAGCCAGACCCUCACGCCCCAGACCCAGAGAAACUAGAGCUGGACUGCUGGGCUGGCAAACCCAUCCCUGGAGACCUCUACAGAGCCUGUCUCUACGAGAGAGUAUUGCUAGCCCUGCACGACAGAGCCCCACAGCUGAAGAUCUCAGAUGACCGUCUGACAGUGACAGGGGAGAAGGGUUACUCCAUGGUCAGAGCCUCCCACGGUGUCAGGAAAGGAUCUUGGUACUUUGAGGUCUCCAUCGAUGAGAUGCCCCCGGACACCGCAGCCAGACUGGGCUGGUCUCAGCCUCUGGGUAACCUGCAGGCCCCUCUGGGCUAUGAUAAGUUCAGCUACUCAUGGCGUAGUAAAAAGGGGACACGGUUCCACCAGUCUGUAGGGAAACACUACUCCUCAGGCUACGGACAGGGAGACACUCUGGGCUUCUUCAUAGAACUACCAGACGGCACUGAGACAGCCAAGGCACUGCCGGACACUUACAAGGACAAGGCGCUGAUUAAGUUUAAGAGCUACCUGUACUUUGAGGAGAAGGACUAUGUGGACAAGGCAGAGAAGAGCCUGAAGACUGUUACCCCCAGCAGGAUGCUGUUCUAUAAGAAUGGGGUUAACCUGGGUUUGGCCUAUGAAAACCUGUUUGAGGGGCUCUACUUCCCUGCCAUAUCUCUCUACCGGGGCUGUACGGUUUCAGUUAACUUUGGACCACUUUUCAAACACCCUCCAAAAGACAUCAAGUACCAGCCAAUGAGUGAUAUGGGCUGGGGAGCGGUGAUCGAACAUACACUGGCUGACAUGUUGUAUCACGUAGAGACGGACGUGGACGGACGACGUAGCCCUCCCUGGGAAGGAUAAACACACACCUCCAGAGAUCAACACACACACACACACAGACCACCUGAGUGUUUGGACAGGCAUGGAGUCCAUUCCAUCAUUUAUAGGUGGGUUGAUGUCAACCUGAAUAUGAACACUUUGCAGUCUCUGUGGAGUCCCUUAAACAUCAUUGUCAAUGGUAACUUAAAUAAACUGUACCCUUCUAUUGAACAAGAUGUGUGUGAUCUAAAAUGAGACUUGUGUUGACAGUGAACUUGUUUGUCUGAACAACUCAUUUUGGUGUAUGAAACACUUUAGGUGUUCCAGCACUAUAAAAUCAUGUAUGGACAAGUUUCAAAUUCAUUAUCUAUUUUUGUCGAACACCCCAGAUAUUCUUAGUUACAGAUAUUAUUUCUUCAAGCAUAUGAACAUAUUCUGUUUUUGUUCAUUACCUGCCAGCUGGUCUCAAGCUAGGUUUCCAUACUAUUGGCCACAGAUCUUCAUGCAAAUAUGAUAAAAUCUGCAACAAAUUGACUGGUUGCGAAUUAGCCUGCGUGACGACGUAGUGCACAUGAAAAUAACUUUUGCGGUUAAAUUCCUAUGUACCGAAUAAAAUAAAAAAAGUUAAAUGGG